AUGGAAUCGUUGGUUCCGUAUCCGGAAAUGUUGAAACGCGUGUGGUGUUUAGAUCAGUUCGGAUUCAAACUUGACAAGGCCAGUAGAUUUAAACAGAUACGUGCCAGUUGGAACAGCUGGGCUAAUGAAACUAAUCGUGAAGAAUUACAAUCAUUCGAAGAAGGCGAGAGGAUGAAUUAUUCGAGUCAUAUUGUAGACGCGGCGGAUAGGAUUACAAAUGGACUAAGACCAUAUGUAGCCAUACAAUGGGAUCUGGAGAAUGCGAAUUCGAGGUUUCUGGAUGAAUGUGUAGAGAGGUUGGUGAAAAGGGUGCAAAAGUCGGUCGAUCGAACGAGGAUUGAAAAUAUUUACAUGGCCACCGAUUACCCAUUGUUCGACAUUCCCUUGGAGUCUGGUGAAAAGUCACAUUCGGUCACCUGGAAUUAUGUCACACCCGCUCACCACUCUGCCAUCGAACUCCUAAAAUCACAAAUCCCAUUAGACAACUGGGCGUCCCUCGAAGCUCUCGACAAUCUAGGAAUGAAAUUAAAAGGAGAAUACGGAAAUAUCAAAGAGAUCAGAGAGGAAAUUGUAAAAACCGGGAUCAAUCGCAUAGUGGAACGAAUUGUUUGUGUUCAUGCUGAUUGGUUUGUGGGAAUGCCAAGGUUUCCGUGCAAUUCUCCGCUGGACAAUAAAAUGUCAAAAUUGAUUGUGGAUGAACGGACAAGGUUAUUGGAAAAGGGUUAUAAUGGUGUCAAGAAUAACGUUACGAGGUUUUGA